AUGUCAUCGUCAUCAACCGAGAAAAGCAGCAAACGCAGAAAGCUCACCGCCAGUCAAGACGUCAAUGACACAUCAAGCUUUCUCAAAGCAGCUGGAAUACAGAACGACCAGCUCAGCAAAAUGGAUGCCAGACAGCUUGCAUUACUGUCUGAUCAAGAACUCGAAGGUUUGGGACUGACUUUUAUGGAACGGAUUCGCUACUUUUCGACACUUGAGGACUUGCUCAGGUCUGUGAAUGAAGAAGUCAUCCAGUGCUUGAUAUUUACUCACAUAAACUGCCUACUACAUCGCGGCAACGAAGCCAGCACGGAGUCUUCCGGCGAGUCACCAUCAAGAAUCACAUCCUUGCUACAGCAUUUUGCAACAGUCUUCAAAGACGACAAGAAUAUAGAAUUCGAGUCGAAUGCACCACUGGCUCCUAUUGACACAUUAUGGCGUGUGCAUCCUCCAAGUUAUAUAACGAAAAUAUUGACCAAGACCCCACUUGAUGAAAAAGAGUUUGUGCAUUUUUCGCCUGGGUAUGCUGGUACCAAGGCCAGUUUCUUGUCGGCUGGAUCUACGGAGGCUGUAUUUAGAGCUGCUGGUGCUGUUGUGUCUGCUGUUGAAUCUGUGUUUGAGGGGCCUCCUGGACACCAUUGUGGGUACGAAGGAGUUGCAGAUCUCGGAACCGGAUUGGAUUUAUCUCAGGGCUUCUGUUUUGUCAAUAAUGUAAUGGUGGGAGCAGCCUACGCUGUAAAACGUUACGAAGCAAAAGUCGGCAUCAUUGAUUUCGAUGUCCACCAUGGAAACGGAACAGAAGAUAUCUUACGCCGUCUGUAUCAACAAAACUCUACCGACUUCCCAUACCUGUUCAUCUCAACACACCAGUAUGAAGUCGACGCCUCCAACGACGACAACACGUUCUUCCCCGGAACGGGAUCAUCCGUGCUCCCUACUGACCCUCUCCAUCCUUACAUUAUCAACAUCCCACUUCCACCAAACACGACAUCAGCAACAUAUAGAUCAAAAAUAACAAAACUAGCUCUCGCACGGCUCAAAGAAUUCAAUCCAGACCUGAUUAUUAUAUCAGCUGGAUUUGAUUCCCAUACAGAUGAUAGUGCUGGGGACUUGCUACUGAAGGAUGAUGACUACAAAUGGAUUUCGGUACAGUCGAGAAAAGUACAAUCUCGAAUAGUAUCUGUACUUGAAGGUGGAUAUGAUGAAGGCGAUAUCAGCGAGGGAGUUAUUGGUGGCUUACUGCGAGGUAUCAAGAACCGUGUUAUGGGAGACGACUGGGACCAAGAAGCAGAAUGCAAGAAGGGUACGCAUCCGCCGGAGGUUGUCACAAGGGAAUGUAUUGUGAAAAGCAAAUCAGGUGAAGAUGCUCUCGUAGAUUCUCCAGAGCUUGAUCGAACUGGAGGCCAUCAUCAGAGUGAACAGCGAAGAGAUAUCACAGGCGACAAUUGGAUUCUCAUUAGCUCGUCAGGACCUGGUGCCUUUCAAGAUCAUACGUCUUCUCUUGAUACCUCGUUUGUACUUGCAGGAGAUACCCUCAUGAAUAUACGUGGUGAGAUCAGCAGUGGAAUUAGGUCUUCUGAUACGACAAACCAACAUGGGAGGACGUAUAAACAACAGUUGAUUUUAUCGCAUAUAUCGUAA